CCAUCCCUUUCCAACCACCGGCCGUUCCUCUCCUUGACCGUUAUAUGUAUGUAUGCCUCCGUCCCUGCAGCAGUCCGUCGAACCCAUGGCUUCGACCAUCCCCAUUUUGUUAUAUCUCUUUUAACGCUUUCCUCUCCCUGCACUCUGCUCCGGCUGGGAGGGUUUGUUUUGGAGUUCCGGUUCCGGCGCGCCUCGGAGCAAGCGUGAUGAGAGCGAGUCGUCGAGAGAGAGAGCGCACCGGACACGCCGGCGACGACGCCUCCAAGACGCACGCGUGUCGAGGAAUCGAUUCGCUGCCUUGUCCGUGUCCCUUUCCGGUACCCUCGCGGUGCGUUCACUCCCAAACCCCUCCCUGGAUACCGGCCCCUUGCUAGUAGAAAUUCGGUUUCGGGGCCUUCAGUCGUUUUUGCACCAUGACCUCUAUAUACACAGAUCAAUAUAACAUAGUUAUGUCCUCGCCCGCCCUUAAUUAUUCUCUAUUCGUUUCCCCGGACCAAUCUCGCCCCCUCCAGGGUCCGGCGGCGAUGGACGCCGUACCCGAGUCCUCGAUCGCGCAGGCGGCAAUUGCCGGGGUGUGCAUCCUGAUCUACCUCACCCGCAGCCUCUCGCCCGAAGGACCGCAAUGGAUGCGCCCCUUCGCCAAAGAAGAAGCACUCCUCCCCGAGCUUCACAUCCCCACCAGGCCUUGGAGUUUUUGGAGCUUCUCCCUAUUAGCUCUCUCCGUGUCCGGGCUCUUCCUGACCACACUACUUACCCUAUCACCGCCCUUUACCACCGCGAGAGCCUUGGAAUUGUCGCCAUGGGUCGUAGUCCUGUUGGUCACGGUCAUCGACCGCCCCAGGAAAACGCCAAAACUCCUCUUGACCCUCUUCGUCGCUGUCUUCGUGUGCGAUCUGGUGUCGCUCGCCGCACAGCAUCGUGAGAUGGGACGUGUGAAUGCAAUCUACGCUGUCGUUGUCGGUGUAGCGUUAGCAUCCGUGCUCGUCAUUCUGUCCAUGCCCAUGCGAGAUGCAGAUCUCGAUCUCGUCGGCAUUGCAGGCUCCCGCUCCCCCCCAACCUCCCGGUUGCGCAGCCCUGAGGAUAAUUUGACGCUGUGGCAAUUCAUGACGGUGUCGUGGAUGACUCCGUUAAUUUCUCGCGGGAAUGGGGACAAGUUGAAUGAUGAGGACGUGUGGCUGCUGCCAUAUGACUUUCAACACCAGCGAUUGCACGUGUUGUUCCGAGAUCUCAAAGGCUCUUUAGUGAAGCGAUUAGUCUUGGCUAACGGUUUGGACUUGCUUAUCAUCACCUUUCUUGGGCUGAUAGAAACCGCCGCGAACUUAUCGAAUCCCGUUCUUCUACAGCGCCUACUCCAGUCAAUCCAGCAAGGGUUCGAUCACAAGGAAGGGUCUUUCUUCUAUGCGUCGUCUAUUCUACUAGUGCGGCUCGUGGCCUGCCAGUCGGGCGUCUUCCUGCUGUGGUUUAGUCGCCGCGCGUACGAAAGGUCGCGUGGGGAAAUGCUCACGGCAGUCUACGCCAAAACGCUGGCACGGAAAUCCUUUGGACUCCGCACAGAUCUGGACGAGCACCACGCUGAGAACGGGGUAGAGAACGGCGGCGAGAAUGGCGCCGAGCCCAACGAAGAAACACCGCUCCUGGGCGGCGAGCCUCGGAAAACACGCCUAGCUCGCCUCCUCGACCUCGUUAAGCGCCGCAAGAACCGGAACCCGGAAAAGGCCAAGGCGGCUCCCGAACAACCAGCAACCAUGGGCAAGAUCCUCAACCUGAUGAGAAAUGACGUUUACGAAGUAGCACAAAGAUUUUGGGAAUUUCCAUCCAUCGUCACGAAACCAUUGCAAUUGGUGCUCUCUCUGGCCCUCAUAUGGCAACUAUUAGGCUGGCCUUGCCUGGUUGGAGUGACCUGGACUCUGGUGCUCCAGGGGCUGAACGCGAUUUGCGUGCGUGCCCUGAUCAACGUCGAAAGACAUCGCAGGGUCGCGGCAGACGUCAGACUUCAGGCUACUACCCAGUUCGUCGAGGCCAUUAGACCACUUCGAUGGUAUGAUUGGCAGUCCAAGUGGCUGGGAAAUAUCAUGCAUGCACGAGCGGAUGAGCUGCGUCUAAGGAUCGUCUCUAGUCUAUGGACCAUCGGAGUUGGCGCUACCAACCUCGCUGCCAGUGCUCUUUUCCCCGUGUUCACCUUCUUUGCCGUAACUUAUAUUGCAGGACGGCCUCUACCCGUCGACGUGGCGUUCCCGGCACUUCAGCUCUUCACCAUGCUGGAGUCGAGCUUGAAGGAGCUUCCAGCGUUGAUAACAGUCCUCCUCAAUGCCUCCAUAGCGAUUGGCCGUCUCGAGACAUUCAUGACGGAACCGGACAAAGAAGAGGGGGAAUACAACGACACAAACCCCGUAAUCGAGCUUCGGGGCGCGUCUUUCGCCUGGCCUACCAACGGAAAACUCGUCCUCAACGACUUGAGUCUGCGAUUUGCUCCCGGCCUUACCGUCAUUCACGGCAAGGUUGGUUCCGGAAAGACCGCCCUGUUAGAGGCCAUCCUGGGUGAACUCAACCAAACCAAAGGCGACUCCACCCUACCUUACCAAAUGGUGGGUUACUGUGCCCAAUCCCCGUGGCUUCAGAACAUGAGUAUUCGGGACAAUAUCCUAUUUAACUUCCCCCUCGAUAGGGCCAGAUACAACGAGGUGCUAGAUGGGUGUGAACUCGUCCCCGAUCUGGCCAACUUCGCACACGGAGACAAAUCCAAUAUUGGCGAGAACGGUAUCGGGCUUUCUGGGGGUCAGAAAGCACGAGUAGCACUGGCACGUGCCGUGUAUUGUCAGUCCCGUAUCCUCCUGCUUGACGAUCCGCUCGCAGCGCUGGAUCAUCAGACAGCCCAGUCCAUCGUCCGCAAGCUGUUCCGUGGGUCUCUCUUAACCGGUCGUACCGUCGUACUCGUCACGCAUCGGGUCGAUCUGUGCCUAUCACUCGCAGACCAAGUGGUCGAAAUUACGGAUGGUAGGGCCCGCGUACUCCACCCAGACGAAUAUUCGCAAGAAAUCGAAACCCUGCUCACAACCCAGGAUACCACUACCGAAGACGACGUUAAGGAAAUCAACGAGGAGCAGGCCAAUGCCGCCGUCCCAGACAAGUUUAUCGAGGAAGAGAACCGGGCGUCGGGCGGCGUCGUCGCUCGGGUUUAUUGGACGUACAUCAAGGCAGGCAGGAUAUCAUACUGGGUCGCUGUCAUCGCUAUCUUUUCCCUCUUCCGGUUUGCCCGUAUAUUCAACUACUGGUUCCUCAAGGCCUGGGGUGAAGCAUACGGAAGCCUCAGUGUCAGACCCUUUGAAAGCAUACCGGAUAUCGCGAACGGGAUCUUCGAUGGACUGCCCAACCCCAACGACGACGUCUUGCCAUGGCUAGUGUGGUACGCCAUUCUUGGGCUUCUCAUGACCGUGCUAUACGUCUUGACCCAAUGCGGCCUCACAGUCAUACUAUACAGGGCAGCUAAAGUUUUAUUCGGCCGGGUUAUCAAGCGGGUGAGCAACGCGACGUUCCGGUUUUACGACGUGACACCGGUUGGACGGUUGAUGAAUAGGUUGACCUCGGACAUCGGGAUGCUAGACGGCGGCGUCAUCCAGCCACUUCAGAAUUUCGCAUUCUGGUCUUUGACGUGGAUGAGCUCCAUGGUCGUCAUCGCCCUGACUACGUCGAUGUUCUCCAUAUUCGCUGUCGGGAUGACCAUCUGGUUUAUCGUCAUCUUCUUGCAAUUUCUGCCGACCUCGCAGAACCUCCGCAGAUUAGAGAUGGUCACGCUCAGCCCGCUGAUGUCGAAUUUCGGUAUCCUCGUCGACGGACUAGCCACAAUCCGAGCGUUCAAGGCACAGCCGCACUUCCAAAACCGCAAUAUCGUCGCCACAGACAGCUUCCAAAAAAUGGACCACUUCUACUGGAGCCUGCAAGCGUGGCUCCAGUACAGAUAUGACAUAUUGUCCGCAAGCUCUAUCUUCACUCUGACGAUGAUGGCGUUAUACGAAGACCUGUCGCCCGGUCUGACGGCGUUCGUGCUCACGAGUGCAGCACAGUUGGUCGAGUCCACUCACGUGCUCUGCAAGACAUACGGUCAGCUUCAAAUGGAUUUCGUAUCCGUGGAGAGGGUGGUAGAGCUCUUGGAUCUGGAGGAGGAACCCAACGGAAACGUACAUCCCCCGCCCAAUUGGCCAUCAUCCCGCGACAGCAUUACGUUCGACUCGGUGACGAUCAAGUACGCUCCGCACCUUGAUCCCUCGCUAGUAAACGUCUCCUUCACAAUCCCCGGCGGGGCGACAUGCGCGGUUCUAGGGCGAACAGGAUCUGGAAAAUCCACACUAGCCCUCUCUCUCCUCGCCACAAUGCAUCCGACAGAGGGAAUGAUCCGUGUCGGCAGCCAGGACAUCUCCAAAAUUGACGUACAUACCUGGCGCCAGCGCAUCAGUUUCGUAGCUCAGGAUCCCGUGCUUUUCCCUGGGACGCUGCGCGAGAAUCUAGACCCGCUAGAGCAGCACACUGACAAAGAAUGCGAGACGGCAUUGCUCCGAGUCCUAGGGCCAAGAUGGACCCUCAACUCCGCUGUCGACGUCGGAGGUAAGAAUCUCAGCCAGGGCCAACGUCAACUCGUCGGCAUCGGAAGAGCCAUCCUUCGAAAGAGCCCCAUCAUAAUCCUAGAUGAGGCAACGGCAUCGAUCGACAAGAAGACCGCGAUAGCCAUACAAGAUCUGCUGUUAGCAGAGUUAAAAGACAGUACGGUAAUCACCAUAGCCCAUCGGUUAGAAGCCGUCAAGGACGCAGAUUACUUUAUCAGACUGGAUGCCGGGCGGGUGAUCGAGGCAGGACCCACCGGCCAACCUAAUGGAAGAGGGUAGUAGUAUUGGUGGUGGUGGUGAUAGCGGUAUAUAGGAGAGAGGCGAUGAUGGCAAUUACGAUAGACAGGACAGGACAGGGCGGUACAGGAUGGCGUGUAGCGAUGGCAAGCACAAAGAAUGACUUACCUUGGAUACAUAAAAUAAUAAACC